CUUCCGUCCGUCGUCAUGGCCCCCCUUUCGCAAUCCAGCCCGGAGUGGCUGCUGGGUGCUUCUGCGCCUUCUUCCACGAUGACCUCGAGCCUACUUUGUAUUCCCUGUGUUUUCACUAUCCCCAAGGGCGGGGUUGCGACUUAGGUCCAGCUCGUGAUCGCGACAGCCCGUUGACUCACUGCAGCGGCGAGACUAUCCCCGUGUUUAGUACCGACGAUUGAACCACACCUGCUUUCAUACACCCAGCCUCAGUAUCCUACUGUAAUAAGUGCGCGUCACGGGUUCAUCUGCUUGCCGCUGUCAGAUUGACGUCCCUAGAUCCCCAAUCCACCGAGCCAUGCCAUUCCAUCAGCUUGCCACGGAGCUUCUGCUCCAUAUCUAUCGUUCAUGCGACUCGGUCUCCGAUGUGAUGAAUCUGACAAUGACCUGUCGGCGACUGCAUACCGUUUUUCACCGGUCCAAUAAGCUGCAGAUCCUGGUUGAUGUUGCGGAGUCCGAGCUCGGCCCUUUAGAUGAUAUCAUCCAGAUUGUCACGCAGAAUACCAGCCAACGCGCCCAUCUUUUCCGUACCGCACCCAUAUCCGACUCCCUCCUAAAGCAGAUCGUACAAAUCGGGCAUGUGGCUCAGAAGUGGGAAGUCAUAUACCCGGUCAAGAAAUGGAAGGUUGACUACGAGAACCGCCGCUCGCUGGAUGAUGACGAGCGGUUCCGGCUUCGUCGUGCAAUCUAUCGUCUGUGGCUGUAUCACCGGGCAUUCCACACAGACAUCUAUGGUCGGCUCAGCCGCACCAUUCCACACAUCGUCACCGAACGGGCGCAACUUCUGCAUAACUGGUCCACGGCUGAGCUGGCCGAGAUUGAGGACGUGCGUUUGAUAAUCGGUGAUAUCGUGCAGAACCACAUUUGUCCCAGCAACGGGACCAUCCAACGCAAGUUCCGAAAGCGAUACCCGGAGAGUAACCACCAGUUGACGUUCAAUAUUCAUUUGAAUUACCCUACGAGCAGUAAUCCCGCUGGUCCGCCCAGCCUGUUCGAGAAAGACCCCAACCCGGCCGAGCAGUAUUUCCACACAGCGCACCCCAGUAACUUUACCGAGUCUCCGGCAAAGUACAAGUCGCGGUUUCGCAAUGAUUACUUUCAUGACCCUGGGUUCGAGGGUUGGGGUGACGAGAUCCCACAUUAUUAUGUUGUGCAGGACAUGUUGAAGCUUGAUCCCGGCCAGGUGCUGUGGCUGCGAGAACACGCGCCUCUCAAAGAGCAAGUGGAAGUGUACAUCCGGUCCUUGGGGGACUGGUUCCGAGACAACGGAGAAACCUUUGGCGACACGCUGGAGUGGGUGAUGAAAGAGCGGGGCGACGAUAUUGAUGAGUUCCGAGCUGCUAUCUCAGACCGGGAGAUUGGUGUGGUGUGGGAUUGAUUUGAUGAAUCCAGCCCGUUUAUGCAUAGCAUAUUUAUGAGAUGGACAUUACUACGGCGUUGAGCAAUGAGCUAGAAUUAUCUACAGCAAUCAAGACUGUCUCUUCAC